GUGCUCGCGGGGCGCUGUCGGAGAGCGAGGCGCGUCGUGCCGCGAUGGGGCCGGCGAUGGGGCCGGGGCGGCGGCUGCUGCUGCUGCUGGCGCUGCUGCUGGGGGGCUGCGGGGCGGCGGUGGCGAGCGGCCCCCACUCCCUGCGCUACUUCUACACGGCCGUGACGGAGCCGAGCGCCGGGCUGCCCGUGUUCGUGAUUGUGGGGUACGUGGACGGAGAGACCUUUAUGCGCUACGACAGCGAGACACGGAAGGGGGAGCCUCGUGCGGCCUGGAUGCGGCAGGAGAGUCAGCAGUACUGGGACGAAGAGACCCAGAUUGCACAGCAGAACCAGCAGGUUUACCGCAUGGACCUGGACACACUGCAGAAGCGCUACAACCAGAGUGGGGGGUAUCACACAAUACAAGCCAUGUAUGGCUGCGACAUCCUGGAGGGCAGGGGGACGCGGGGGUUUUGGCAGGAUGCCUACGACGGAAGGGACUUCAUCGCCUUAAACGAGGACUUGCAGACGUACACCGCGAUGGAUGCCGGUGCCGAAAUCACCAAGAGGAAGUGGGAGGCUGAUGAGGCCCUCAUUGAUGCGCGGAAGCAGUACCUGAAGAACACCUGUGUUGAGUGGCUGCGGAAGUACGUGGAGUACGGGAAGGCCACGCUGGAGAGGAGAGAGCGCCCCGCUGUGAGGGUGUCCCGGAAGGAGAACCAAGACUUCCUGACCUUGUCGUGCCGGGCCCACGGCUUCUACCCGCGGCCCAUCACCAUCAGCUGGCUGAAAAAGGGCAGGGUCCAAGACCAGGAGACCAGGUGGGGCGGCAUCGUGCCCAACGGUGACGGCACCUACCACGCCUCGGCCGCCAUAGACGUGCGCCCGGCAGAGGAGGAUGAGUACCGGUGCCGCGUGGAGCACGCCAGCAUGCCAGAGCCCGGCAUCUUCUCCUGGGAGCCGGAGAGCAACCUGGUGCUCAUCAUCGUCGGCGUGGUCGCCGGUGUGCUCAUCAGCAUCAUCGCUGCGCUUGCUGGCUUCGUGAUUUGGAAGAAAUCAGCAGGGAGGCAGGAGAAGGGAUACGCAGUCACCGCAGGCUGUGACGGAGAAUUCGGCAACCCUGAAAAGGGAAGCAACUGUGCCAUUUAAGUGCUCCGUUUUUCUAAGCAACGGGCCGGACCCAGUGACGUAGGCAGUGCAGAGCUGAGCCCACCCCCAAGUGCUCGCCAUCUCCUCGUGGCAGCUCCAGGGAUGCCACCAAAGCCCCUUUUCUCCUGCGACCCUGCAGCACCAGGCCUGACGGCCCGAUUGGGGCUAAACUGACCCCGUUUGCUCGGUUAAGGGUGCAGCUUGGCUGGAAGGGUGGGGUGGGUGGGGGGAUCUCAGGGGCUCAUGCUUUUGCCUUGCCGCCACUUGGAUCUACUCUCUGGCUCCAGUGCGCUGGAAGAAGCUGUGAAGGGUGCCUGGAGCAGAGGAGCCCUCGGUGCCUUCUCCCCGCCUCGCUCCCUGCUUUGGUCUGGGCUUAAACUCACGGGUUUGAUCAGCGAACAAAUUACUGUCUGCUUUUGCUCUUCGAGGGGGGAGAAAUUUGUAAUUCUGCUUACCUAGGUGCUGCUUUAGAACAAAUAUUUUGCUUUGGAGAUUGUGAAUGAAGCUUAGAAAUUCCCCGCCAAGGGGCACAAUAAAUUCUUGUACCCAC